UCACACUCUUGGCUCACAUUCCACCCAGGAAUCUCAAAUCACAGGUUCUGUUUCCCCCAUGACUGACAACAUCAAUACGGUCACAACUCCAACAUCUCCCUUCAAACCGAGUGGGCCCUCACCCUCAGGAACGUUUCUUCAGGACACAUCAGCCAAAAGUGAAGGAACAACCUUCACCACAGCACAGCCCACGGAUAUAAUGUACAAAACCCAGGUGACAAGAGAACUGCUGGCAACACCAACCAGACCUGACACCACCCUGGGAACCUCAGCAGACACAGCCCAUUCCAUAGCAAACGCCACUCCUCAAGUCACCUCCCUAUUCUCCACAUCAGGGGGGCCAGCAGGACAAUCAGCAGCCCCUUCUACCAGAACCUCCCCUGAAGCAACGUCAGCCUUUUUCCAAACCCACCAAACUCAGAGCAUAGAGGCCACUGGACAACCUGAUGCCAACAAACCAGCCUCCUCAGUGACACACACCUCCUUGCAGGGCACGAGUACCUCUUCUUCAUCUACCACAAAUAGCCCAACAGCUUCAGGGAGUGCUCCAGAAAUAGCCACUCCAGGUAAGGUCACAGUCUUCUCACCAACUCCCUCCAGUGACAGCCACAGAACUCAGUUAACAACCAAAUCCUUGUCUACUGUUCCCCGUCUUGUCAUUACCUCAGGAACAAUGGGAAAUGUGUCCAACCUUGUCACCAGCACCAUUUUGCCCACCGUCUCUGAGGUCUCUACAACAGGUGGACCAACAGAACAGUCAACCCCAACCUCCUUCAGCUCCUCUCCUCGGGAAACAUCAGCCAUUUCCCACAUGGCUCAGACUACAAGGAAUAUAACAACCAGAGGUUCUGAAAUUUUCACUUCAGUCUCUCAGGUGACUGACACCUUCUCAACAGUCACAUCUUCACCUCCUUCACCAACAUCAAAGGGACACACGUCUCCACAAACCAUAGCCCCCACCCUAUUUCCUUCGGACACUAGCACCACGUUUUUCUCAACCCCAGUUAGCAACGGCCACACGAUUCAGACAUCAAUACAAACAUUGGCAGUGGGGGCAGCUGCUGGGCCAACCACAGUCAUUUCAACCACCCUGAGUGAUGUGACCUCAAGUUCUCCUCCCACAAAUUUGUCCACAAGUGGAGAAGUUCUAGCAACAAGCUCAAGCUCAGUCAUCCAUGAAAACAUCACUGCAGCGAUCUUUCCUCCAAUAGGUGGUCCUCGCAAUGACUCCACAAAACCCACACAAGCAUCCACUUCCUCCGUGGGGAUAUCAAACACACCCACCCAUGAGCCGCCUGCAACUGUUGAAACACUUACCUCUACUAGCAACCCCAUGACGAGGACAAACUUUGUAAGUUCUACAAAAACCCCUAACAGUGCAGCCGGCUCCACACUUACUGUUUCACAAGAACCCGCAUCCCACCCAUCACUCGGCACCACCUCUGCGACCUCUUCAGAAUCCAGCACUCCACAACAAACCUGGAGCUAUACCUCCGCUCACAUGCCUUCUUCUCCAGUGUCUCCAUUCAGUAACACUAACAAGUCAACAGAAUUGGUGUCUAGUACUACCAGUCCUAUCAUGACUCACGGGAAUCUAGGAGACAUCUCAGAUACUGUCACUUAUGACACAAUGUCUGAAGACUUUACAACAGAGGGCCCGUCAAGGCAGUCAACACCAAUCUCUAUCAGCACCCCUGUUCGGCAAUCAUCAGCUGUUUCCCAGAUAAGUGACACACAUAGCUCACGUUCCACCCAAGAAUCUCAAAUCACGAGGUCAGUUUUUCCUAAGGCUGACUAUAUCAAGACAGUCACAACUCCACGUUCUUCCUUCAAACCAAUUGGGUCUUCACCCUCAGAAAUGGUUCCUCAGGAUUCACCGGUCACAAGUAAAGUAACAACCUUCACCACACCACACCCCACCGAUAUGAACACAACCCAGGUGACAACAGUACUGCUGGCAACACCAACUAGCCCUGGAACCACCCUGGGAACCUCAGCAGACACAGCACAUUCCAUAGCCAACACCACUCCUCAAGUCUCCUCUCUAGUCUCAACAUCAGUGGGCCUGAGUAGACAAUCAACAUCCCCUUCUACCAGAACCUCCCCUGAUACAAUGUCAGCCAUUUUCCAAAACCUGCAGACUCAGAGUAUAGAGACCACUGGACAACCUGACACCAGGAAACCAGCCUCGCCGGGGACGGACACCACCUUGAAGGACACAAUUACCUCUUCAUCCACCACAAGCAGCCAAACAGGUUUUGGAAGUGGGUCCCCAGAAAGAGCCACUUCAGGUAAGAUCAUAAGCUUCUCACCAGCUCCCUCCAGUGACGGCCUUUCAACUCAGUCAACCACUGACCUUGUCCAGUGUGCACAGUAUUGUCACUCCCCAGAAAUCAUGGGAAGAGUGUCUGAUCUUGUCACCAGCACCACCUUGCCCACCAUCUCUUAGGUCUCAACAACAUGGGGACCAAUUGCUCAGUCAACCCCAUUCUCUUCCAGCACCUCCCCUCAGAAAAUAUCAGCCAUUUCCCAGGUGUGUCAGAUUACUAGUACAGUAACAAUCAAAGCGUCUGAAACUCUCACUUCAAUCUCUCAGGUGACUGACGCCUCAACAGUCACAUCUCCCUCUCCUUCAUCAACACCAAAUGGACACACGUUUCUCCAAACCAUGGCCCACACUCUGUCACCUUCAAGCACCAGCAUAUUUUUCUCAACACCAGUCAGCAACAGCCACACAACUCAGACAGCAACACAAACCUUGUCAAUGGAGACAACUGAAGGCCAAAGAUGCUCACUUCUACCACCCUGAGUGAUGUGACCUCAAGUUCUCCUUCCACAAUUUUGUCCACAAGUGCAGAAGCUCUGACAACAUGCCCAUGCUCAGUCUUCCAUGAAAACAUCACUGCAGCGGUCAUUCCUCCAAUAGGUGAUCCUAGCAAUGACUUGAU